CUUGACCUCGAAUGUAUCACGGCAGGAGCUCAGCCCUAUCCUGUGCAAACGGAAGGUACAUCAAUGCCUAGAUACACGGCCUGCUUCAAUCAGCAUGUCCAUGUCUUACACCAUCACUAGCCAUCAUCCCCCAAAAUGCCCUGUCCAUAGUCAAUAUACAUUACCCCAGCCCAUCCACUCGUUCACCACACACCACCAUCACUAUCACCACCACACCGCUCCUCCAAGCCCCCAACCAAAUGUCACGGAACGCAAAACCCGCAUCCACAGACCUCCCCCUGCUCAACCCCGACCCACCCCUCCUCACCAUCGCCAACAUCCUCGACAAACACGGCUUCCCCACAAAAUCAGUCCACGACAACUUCUCAGACAACCUCCUCCUCCCCAACACCACCAGCCCAACAUCCGCGCCCGGCUUCGCAAUCCUCCGGGGCUCAAGCCCGCUCCUCCGCCCCCCGCGCCCGACGCACCACCGCCUCAUCUACGCCAGUAUCCCCAGAGACAUGCCGGACCUCGCCGAAUCCAGCCGUGCCUUCUGUAAUCCCCCUCGUCCGGUUCGGCAUUUGAUCGCCGUCUACGAGCAGACGGAUGCGACGCUGUGGCUGCGCGAUGCCGCGUUCUGCUUCCUAGGGUACUACGUCAUUGUUAGCUUUCGUCGCACCAUCAGGCAG